AUGUCCGUGCCAGAAUCACGCAUAUUACGCGGCAUCCCUUAUGUCACCGGCGCCGCCUCAGCCACACUGCUGUCAGCUGAUGUUGAACUAAGUUUCUGGGGCGGCGUUGACCUAAAGACGGGUGAGAUCAUUGAUCGGUUCCAUCCGCUGAGCGGUUGUUGGCUGAAAGAUACCAUCUUGGCAAUACCUGGAGGCAGAGGAUCAUGCGGCGGCAGCGUCAUCAUGAUGGAGCUGAUUCUGAAUGGCUUGGGGCCCAAGGCACUCAUCUUCCAGCGUCGCGAGGAGAUCAUCACACUCGGAGUCAUGGUUGCCGAAGAAUUAUUCAACAAAACGGCCGCCGUGGUUACGCUGAACCCAGUAGAUUUUCGUCAAGUUCUGGACUGGAAUGGGAAGACCGUUCACGUCCUGGGGGGACAAGUCUCGGAUGCCCCCUUGAAUGACAGUACGGCCAAUAAAGCUGUAGAGCCUGCUAUCGACGUCAGUACUCUCGAAACCCGACUUAGUGAUACCGAUCGAGCGAUGCUAAAUGGAGCCAACGGCGAAGCGGCUAGGAUCUCGCUGAAAAUCAUUAUCCGAAUGGCCGAUAUGAUAGGAGCCCCAGAGCUGAUGGAUGUCAGCCAGGCUCAUGCAGAUGCUGCCUGGUAUGGCCCAGGUUCGGUUGCUUUUGGACAAAGACUUCGUGCCUGGGGUGGCCGAUUCCUAGUCCCUACAACUAUCAAUUCUCUGAAUGUCGAUCAAAAACGCUGGCGGGCUCUCGGGGUGAACGCAGAGUUCGGAUCAGCUUGUGAUGAGUUAGCUAAGGCCUUUGUCGAUAUGGGUGGCAAGAUUUCAUUCACCUGCGCGCCAUACUUACUUGAGACUGCCCCUAAGCUCGGUGAUCUAAUCGCUUGGGGUGAGUCAAAUGCCGUUAUCUACGCAAACAGUGUGCUUGGCGCGAGGACACUCAAAAACCCUAAUAUGUUGGAGGCUCUGAUUGCCUUGACUGGUCGUGCACCCAAGGCAGGGGUCUAUGUGGACGAAAAUCGCCUUGCCUCUGUCUGGCUCAGAGUAACACCCCCGAGAGGGAUCGAUGACUCCUUCUGGCCUAUUUUGGGCUACGCUCUCGGGGCCAUUGUAAUGACUCGCAUUCCAGUCAUCACUGGACUGGAAAAUCUGAAGCCGAACAAUGACAACUUCAAGGCGUUCUCGGCCGCAUUUGCUACAUCUUCCAGUGCUCCCAUGUUCCACAUGGUCAACCUAACCCCAGAAGCUCCCACCCUCGAGGCGGUGUGCCCGCAUGGUGUGAUCCCCGAGGCUAUUGAUGUGGACUGGAAGCAUCUCGAGGCAAUCUGGGAUGAGUUCAAUCAUGGCUCUAAGCCGCGAGAAAUCGACCUUAUCUCCUUUGGCAAUCCGCACUUCUCCUUCCGGGAGAUCAAAGAGGUGUCGAAGCUUUGCCAGGGAAGAAUCAGGAAAGGGGAUGUUGCCGUGAUAGUCACCUGUGGUCGUGCUCAGUACAGUCUUGCCUCGCAGGCGGGUUACAUCGAGGAGCUUGAGAAGUUCGGGAUCCAAUUCCUCCAGGACACUUGCUGGUGCUCUAUCGAGGAACCGGUAAUUCGGAAGGAUACUCGGACGAUCAUGACUAACUCUGGCAAGUAUAUUCACUACGGGCCUGGAUUGACAGGCAGGCAAUUUGCGUUUGGCAAUUUAGAAAUGUGUAUAGAAGCAGCAUGUACUGGGAAAACUACUGGGGACCCGCCUUUAUGGUUACUAAAAGCCAGAUGUAGCUAA